AUGGACUUGAGAAACUGCGCGCUCGUUCUGUCGCUGCUGAUCGCACUCUCGGCCGCCAAGAAUCAUUCUCCGGCGCCGGCGGUGGACUGCUCGGAGAUCGUGGUGAAACUGGCGGACUGCCUCAGCUACGUGGCCGCGGACAACACGACGAGUGUGCCGAGCGCCUCGUGCUGCCAUGGCCUCACCGAGGUGCUGAGGGAAGGAGUCGAGACGGGCGGCCGAUGCCUGUGCGAGUCUUUCAAAAGCAGCCGUGAUAUGGGCUUAGAUCUCAACAUGGCAAAUGCCGUUGCCCUGCCCUCCGCCUGCAGGGUAUACACCUUCUCUGUCAGCAACUGUCGCCUUGGUCCUGCUCGUGCCCCUCUCCCAGCUUAUAAUAAAGCUGUCCCUCCAUCACCUGUACAUCAGAGGCCACUGAUAGUGAAUGCAGCCACUCAACUAUCCCCGUCCCCUUCGCCUGCCAUCUCGGGCUCGUCCCUGCUGCCGGCUGCGUCACUUUAUUUCUCCAUUCUUACAGUUUCUAUUGCCAUGUGCCUUAAUUCAUUACAUUGA